AUGCAUUUCGUGGAAACGAAUGAUUCAUCAGAAGAAUCCCUUGAUAUAUGUUAUCGAAGAAAAAGGCCGCGACAGAUCUCUUCAGAUGAAGAUGAAUUAGAGCUGCAACAUAAUCUUCUCGAUAAUUCAUGCUAUGAAUUCAGCAACCUAAGUUUGGAUACGAAUGUUGAACGUGAAGAGGAAGAAUGGCAGUCCAUUCAACAAUCAGAAAUAGAGGAAAGCCCGAUAAGACAUGAACAUACGCGGGACGCGGAGCUUCUGAUAGGAGAUGUUAAUUGCGAUGACCCUUUCAGUCUAUACCAAUUAUUUGUGACCGACAGUAUACUGCAACUGAUGGUUGACGAAACAAAUAAAUAUGCCACACAAUGUGGCUUCAGUGCAAGAAGAAGAAAACAUGAGCAAUGUUGGGAACCUGUUACAAUACGCGAGAUAAAAGAUUUUAUGGGUAUAUUAUUAAUUAUGGGAAUAGUUCAAAUGCCAGAUAUUAGAUUGUAUUGGUCUAAAGAUAGUAUAUAUGGAAACAAACGCAUAAAGAAUACCAUGAAUCGCGAUCGUUUCUUAGCUAUUUUGAAAUGCUUACAUUUCUCAGAUAAUACCACCAGUAGAACCGAGGAUCCGUUGAAUAAAAUUAGAAAUAUAAUGUCAGAAAUAAUUACGACAUUCAAAAAUAUAUUGUUAAUGGGAUAG